AUGGUGAGCUCACUUGCACCCACCGCUGCUAAACUCCACCAGCUGCAAACCAAGGUGCCAACCACGCAGGCACCGCUGGUGCGUCUGCCCAGCGAGCUGCAAUCCCUCAUCUUCCAGUACACUCCCCGCUCAGGCCUCGUCACCUGUCUGCGUGUCAACUCGGCCUUCUACCAUUUUGCACUCCCUCUUCUGUUCACCCAUGUUCACGUUCCCGAACUCCACGGAAGGGGACCUGCUCUCACAAUGGUCCGCGACGCCGACGCCGAGGGACCGUUUGGUUCUCAAACCAUGAAGCGCCCUCUGAUGCGCAAGACCUGGCUCAAGAAGGUCGAGUUUAUCGACCUCGAUCCACACCGCAAGGGAAAGUGCCCAAGCGUCCUCCGCGGCUAUGACAACCUCAAGGUCCUCCGAAUGAACUUCGGCAAGAACACACGCUUCACCGAUCUCCAUCACCCUCUUCGCUAUGGUGUCAACUCAGUCAAGCCGUGCGCCAACCUUCUCUACAUGCGCCCUGAGACUAUGAUCGUGCGCGGCAUACAUGUUAGGGCUCACUCAAACCUCAAAUGGGUCCUGCCUGUUUCUAUCCUGGAGCGCACGAAACGACAGAUCUUUGUCAUCACGUAUCCAGCAGGCCGCCCUAGCAUCGGGUGGAACCACCUGGUCUCCCACUUUGGACCUGUCGUUGAAGACAUCACGAUCAUCUUCUUUCCCAUCGCCCGUCCCACCGUUACUGUCGAAGCGAUUCUCGAGGACGUUCACAAUGACAAUGCCAAGGGACUGCUGGACACCUGCGCGCCAUCCAAGUCGUACAUUCACAUGAUGAGGUUGAUUGUGUACCAAGCGUUCAACAAGGCCACCCUGCGACGUCUCACAUUUGUCAACGCCAACCCGUUCCACUUGGAGACCCCCGACGAGGAGACAUGGAGUGUUGGCGUGGGGGUUGACGACGUUCUGUUGAAGGCGCUUGUCACAGAGGCCCGCAGACCAGGCUUUGGUCGCAAGGCCAGGACAGAGAAGGAGGUCAGUGACAUGAUCCGCACUAUCGGCCGCUGGGAAUACCUCGAUUCUGAAGAGUGCAAGAUGGUCUUUGACCCGAAUGAGGUUGACUCGUGGUUUGCUUGCGCUCCCAGCGCCUAG